GACAAUGUCUUCAGUUCAGCAUCUGAAAGAGUUCAUCUCCCAGCGACUGGCCGCUGCUGCUGUGGAAAUAUUCGGAGCCUUUGAACAAACCAUCGUCGAGUACGAAGAAGAGCUCGACCGUCAGCGCAGACUGUUGGACGCUGUGUUGAAACCUGAGAUCAAACUCCACAGGAUAGAGACUCCAGAGAUUCCAGAUGUGUUUGAGGAGGAGGAGGCUCCCACUCACCUGCAGAUCUGUCAUCACAUAAUGGAAACCAGUCAGAAUGAAAAUUAUCCAAUUCCUCUACAAAUAAAAGAAGAACACGAGGAACCACGCACCAGUGAGGAACAAGAGACGCUUGUUCUGAAGCAGGAGACCGAUAAUGUGAUGAGUUCAGCAUACGAGGACAAUCAGCUCCUCUCUCACAGCUUUGUUGUCACCCUUGAUGUAAACAACUCAAUGUCAAAGACUCACACAGAUGAAAAGACUUUCAUAUGUCCCACUUGUGGUAGAACCUUUAAGGGUAAAGGUGCAUUACAGAUGCAUGUAAAAACUCAUGUGAAGCAACAUCUCGUAUGUAACACAUGUGGAAAGAAAUUCCUUUAUUUAUCAGUGUUUAAAAUACAUGAGAGGAUUCACACAGGUGAGAAGCCUUUCCCCUGUAAAACCUGCGGGAAACGAUAUAAACAAAAAGCACAUCUAGAAGUUCAUUUGAGGAUUCACACAGGUGAAAAGCCUUUCCCCUGUAGAACCUGCGGGAAACGAUUUAGACAAAAACCCAACCUGAAAGCUCAUCUUAUGAGAAACCAUAUGGAUGCAAAAGAUGUGGGAAAACACUAAAGUGAUACAUACUGAUGUACACAAUGUUCAGGAAGUUGUUCCUGAGAAGUUUAUAUUUUUCAAACGGAAAGUUAAUUGUAGCAUCUACAAUCUAUUUUGGGACAGAGUUAACCUGUGAACCCUGGAAUUGUCGCAAACUCCUUUCCGGGGUUUCCAGGCCAGCACCAACAGAUAACAGUCAACAAGCUGAUAUGUGAACUAAUUACGAAUGGAAAGACGAAGACAACGAUUCAAACCCAAAGUUCUGGUUCAGAUGCAUCGGAAUCCUAAACAGUCUUUAAGCGGAAAUUAAAAAAAAUAAAAGUGGUCUGAAAUAAAGGUGGACGUGAAGCCAAGGGCGGCCGUUUACCACCAAAGUGUCACCAAAAGAAGAAAAACACCUGAUCCUGUUUUCAGCAACUAAUAGGAUGGUUUUACAUUAAACCACCAACCAGUAUUGACGCUGAAGACCGGAUGAUAUUUGGGAUCGCAUAGGUUCUGUGCGCACCGGGAAUAAUGUUAGUCAUUAAAUUAUUUACUGUCCAAGAAUCUAGUACCAUCUAGUACCAGCUUCAUAUCUGAUCCCAAGCUGUUCAUUAAAAUGAAUGGCUCAUGCAUUGACCCAAGCACCUUGGCCCAAUGUUGCUGACAACAUUUGGGUGUCACAGAUUAUUUGUACAUUGAUGAAACAAAAAGGUUUUCUGUUGACAUGUGUCACUUGUGACGUCCUUUUAAAGCUAUGUGUCCAGUCGAUUGGUCCAAUUAUAUCAGGUAAACCGGCUCUCGAUGCGCUUUAAUGUUGCCCUGAUCAACUGCGUUAUGUAAGAACCUGAUGCCCUGCUGACAGCUGGCAUGGCUCAGCUCGGGUACGGGUCCACUGGCAUAUAUCCGACCAGCCAAGCACAUUCAAAAUACCAAUAGGGGUGUUUGCUGGCUUUGUGCAUUCCUGUUGUGAUGGAAAUUUUUCUAAUAAACAAGGUUAUGAGAAAGUU